GGAGGGGGGCGUGCUUCUGACCGAGUGUUGGGCAAACCUGCAGCAGCAGCAGCAGUUAUUUCUCUGAGAGGACAGUCCGGUGGAUUGUGGGGGACAGCAGCAGUGGAUACGCCUCAUCUGCCAGAGGAUAUUUCAAAUCUGGGACUGCAACUAGGACAGAAGAAGGAACAAUAAUAUAUUUGGGUCUUAUGUUGAGACCUCAGCCUGUGUGUCAAACAUGAGAAACCGGAGAAUAUUUCAGCCCUUAAUGGUCUCACAGUUGCUCCUGAUGCUCCUCAGCAGCUUGUCAAGCUUAAGGGCUUUUCCUUUUAGCCCAUCACUUGACCUGGAUGUCACUCCCAGGACCACAGUCUUCUUCAAAGGGAUGUUGGACAGCUCUUAUUUUAAUGGCACUUCGCAGAACUACAGCACCCUGCUGCUCGAGGAGGAGGCUGGCCUGCUGUACGUUGGAGGAAGAGGUGCCUUAUAUGCUCUCAACGCUUCCAACAUCUCCAUCUCUGCAAACCUCACAAUUAGUUGGGAUGCUUCCCCUGAUCAGAAGAAGCAGUGUCUAAACAAAGGCAGAGACAACAAGACUCAGUGUUUCAACCACAUCCGCUUUCUGCAGCGGUUCAAUGAAACUCACCUCUACGUCUGUGGAACAAACGCUUUCAGGCCACUUUGUGCUUAUAUAGAUGCAGAGAAGUUUACCUUUUCCUCAGCAGUUGAAGAGGGCAGGGACAGGUGCCCAUACGAUCCAGCAAAGGGGUUCACUGGUCUUCUCAUAGAUGGUGAGAUGUUCACAGCCUCUCAGUAUGAGUUUCGCAGUUCACCGGAUAUUCGCAGAAUCUUCCCCUUCCCCACACUUCGGACAGAAGAAGCUCCCACCAGAUGGCUUUUGGAGGCGGAUUUCGUGGGCUCCGUGCUGCUGAAGGAGAGCAUCAACAGCUCCAUCGGUGAUGAUGACAAGAUUUACUUCUUCUUCACUGAAGGAAGUCAGGAGCAGAUUGCCUACCCGAGUCAAACCAAGGUUUCCAGGGUAGCACGGGUCUGCAAGACUGACUGGGGAGGCCAGAGGACGUUGCAAAGGAAGUGGACCACCUUUCUUAAGGCUAGAAUAGUGUGUUCCGUCCCAGAAUAUGAGCUGCAUGUCAACAUCCUGCGUGACGUCUUUGUCCUGAAGGGGCGAGAUGCUCAAAGCAGUAUCUUUUAUGGCAUUUUCGGUCUGGAAUGGAAAAAUAUCAAAGCCUCUGCUGUCUGCCAGUAUGCCUUCUCAGAUGUACAUAAGGUUUUUGAAGGACCGUACAUGGAGGUGCAGGAUGCGAAGUGGCGGGAGUACACGGGAAAGGUUCCAGAGCCAAGACCUGGAUCUUGUAUAACAGAUCUGCAUAGAUCCAGGGGCAUCAACUCAUCUCGAGAUCUCCCCGAUAAUGUCCUCACUUUUGCCAGGAGACAUCCACUGAUGGCCAACCAGGUGCAUCCAAUCGGCAUGCGGCCACUUAUGUUCAAAAGGAACGCCAACUAUGUGAAGAUAGCGGUGCACAAGGAACCGGCACUUGAUGGAAAGAUUUAUACCAUCUUGUUUUUGGGAACUGAUAAUGGAUGGUUGCACAGAGCAGUAGACAUCGAUGGAGAAAUGCACAUUAUAGAAGAGUUGCAGUUGUUCUACACACCUCAGCCAAUAGAGAGCAUGGUCAUUUCUUCCGUUCAGAGAAGCAUCUAUGUUGGCACCCACUCUGGGGUUGUUCAGGUACCUAUGUCAGCCUGUCGGAGGUACACGUCCUGCUAUGACUGUGUGUUUGCCAAGGACCCCUUCUGUGGCUGGGAUGGAAGAGUGUGUGUGGAAAUAUCCUCCCGCUUGCAAAGGUCAAAUCUAACCCAGGAUAUUACAAGAGGAAUCAGAGGCUGUAAGGAAAAUUCAGGAAAUGUGGUCCACCGGAGGCGUUCCGUUAUGUCUGGGGAUGACGUGCUCCUCCAGUGCGAAUUACACUCCAACCUGGCAACUCCCCACUGGACUCUUAAUGGAAAGGAGCUACUUGGAUAUGGACUUAAUUCGGGCUACCGCAUAGGCACAGACGGUCUCCUCCUAAUUGGAGCUCGCACCCAGCAGAGUGGCUCCUAUCGCUGCUUUGCUGUGGAGAACUCAGUUUCUGUCUUGGUUUAUCUUUACACAGUUAAGGUUCAUACUGAUCCAUUCUUCCCUGUGGAGCCCACAGCCACAACUAUCCCCACUACAAUCUCAAGCUCAUCUGUUUUCUCCACCAGCAGCCCCACAGAGCAGCCUUUGCCUUCGCCUCCUGCCCCCCUACAUCCACAAGUUGAAUUUCAAACCUUCAGACAUAUGGAGGCUGUUUACAUCUCGCUGGUGGCAGUUCUUGGAGGUCUUUGCUUGGUGUUGACAGUGGUCCUGCUUUAUGUGAGCUUCUGCACCAGGAGGGGUCAUCGUCGGAAGUUUCCCCACCAAGGCCUGCACGUUCUUGGAUCCUCAGAUAGAAAGAGGAGCUCUCAUCUCGAGCUUCAAACCAUCUCUAGCUUCUACAAUGGCCGUCAGGGACGUCGAUCCAUCUCUGUUCCAACUUUUGGAGAUCUUGCCGAUAGUUUUCUUCAGAUAAUUCCAGCAGAGGACCAGAUGUCUCCAGGCAAAUCCCCUCCACCAGCUCCUCCUCUUCCUAUGCCUCCUCCUCUUCCAAAUAUGGACUAUGCCAAUGGACUCUCCUCCACUUUGCCCACCGUGUUGAGAAAAAUUAACGGGAACAGCUAUGUACUACUGAGCCAAACCGACCCUGAUGGAAUGUCACCACUCUACCACUCCUUCACAGAGGAGCUGAACAGGAUCCUGGAGAAGAGGAAACACACUCAACUGGAGCUGCAACCAGAUGAGAGCUCUAUCUAGGACAUAGAUUCCCAUCUUUGUCUGACAGUUAUUUAUAUGUGACCCACCUGUAUCCUGUAGCUGCAGGAUGAACUGGAGUGAUGCUCAAAAAUCUGCGGCUCUUGUUUCAACUCAAGCAACUUAUCUCAUGACUAGAAGCAGCUCAUGUAUGUCGGAAAUGACUAGGCAGAAUCUGCUGUUGUCGUGGGGCUGUGAAAAACUUUUUUUCCCCAUAAACUGCACAAAUAGGAGCUUCAUGGGUGUAACAAAGGGGGUAAACUGCACAUUGAGCCACACACCCAUAUUAAGGUUUUCAAGAAAGUGUUAUAACACACAAUAUUGAACUUUUAUGGACCUUUUUAAUGACAGUCCUCCUUUGAAGUACCAGUGCACCUUUGUUUUCAGCUGUAGCAGUCUCUAACCUGAAAACCUGGACUCAAACCUCAGAUGCUGUUAUUUAUUUAUUUGUGUUGGACAGAACUGUGGGUGGGCAUUUCUAAAGUGUGAAGACAGAUAAACUGCUGAAAGACUUGCAUCAAAGCCUUUUUUACAGAGGUAUUGUGCCUGCUAAGGACGAUGAAUCAUCCAAUCCAUGUCAUGUCUUUUCUUAUGGAAAAAAAAAGAUUUUUAUCCAGACCUUUAAAAAUCCUAUACUAAACAGCAACAUUUUCUUUUUUUUUGUUAUUGUUGGAAACCAAAUGGUGAUUUCAUUUCUCCUGUUAUAAAAUUAUCUAGUUUAAACAAUGCUUUGGAGAGACUUGGUGGUGUUUAAAUAUUUAGUUUAGGUUUUUAAAUGUUUUUUUUUUAAUUAAAGGACCAAAUUACUGAACUGAAAUUUGCUAAAGCCAGUGUGAAAUUUAUGUUAAAACAUCAUGAGUGAUAAAGCCCCCAAAUUAUUAUGAUAUUAAGAUUUAGCAGUUUGUUUAAAAUAAAAUUCAAACUUCCAUUUUUGACAUUUCUUUAGAAUAAGAUGUUGGAAUAGUUGUUUUUUGUUCUUCAUUCAGGAAAUCCCAGACUCCCAAGAUGCAAGCUGCUCAAGUAUUUAUACCUUGAUAAGCUAUUUUUGUUUAAAUUACAGACAAUUUUCAUGAUUGCUUUUUACAGGUUUUAACCCAAACUUGUGAAAAUGAUCAGAUUGACUUUGAAAAGACUUCCAAAAAGGAUUCAAAAUGCUAAUAAACUAAAAUAUCCCAAGAAAAGCUCAAAGGCUUUGCAGUAAACUUAUUUAAGAUUCUGAAGCAAAGUUUAUCUACAAAAUUCAUGACAGGUUAUGGAGGUGAAACAUAGCGGAACUACUAAAGAAAAGAUUUGUUUGACUUUUUUUUUAUAGAGUUUUCCUUAUCCCCCAAAACACUGCAGUCUUGUUAAAUUAGUUAUUUAAAAAAAACAACCUCAAAAUGUUACCAAUGUUAUCAUUUGUUAAUGUUUUUUGUGACUUUUGCACAUUCUCUUUUUAGUAGAGAGCCAUAAUUAUAAAGACAUGAUAGAUUUUCAGCUUCAGUGCAUGACAGAUGUAUUUCAGUACAUUUAUUUAAGUCGCGCUAUUGUCAGUUCCCUCAUGUAAAUAGCAAUAAUUAUUGCAUUACUUUGGCAGCUGUUAGUAGCAAUGCUUUGUACUAAUGCCAACAGGAACACCUGCAACAGAUUACUUUUCUCUUUUUUAUUUGAUGGCAGUUUUUUUCUGAUUUAAGUAUUUGUGGAAAAUAAAAAAAACUACUGUCACUUAUCAGCUAAAGUGACUGAAACUGCAGUUGGGGUUAAAGAGAAUGGAAAAUAGCAGUAUUCACUCAGAAAGAGUGGAUGAGAUGAUGUAAAGAAAAUGGUAAAUUAUGCUGUUUAUAUUUAUAUGAAUAAAUUACAUAUUUGAAAGGUGUAAAA